GCAAAGCAACUUCUUCCAUAAAAAAAAACUACCGGUAAUUCGAGAGCCGUCUAGCCUCCCAGCUGGCAGCCUGCCACCUGUAUCUUCUUUCAGCACCCAACAGCACCCAACUUUUUAUUCUCUUUGAAUGUCUUUCUUUUUGGUUGAGCUCUCAAAUUCAGUUGGAAGUUUGGAUAUGAUGUCUAGUGUAACUCGAACAGGCGCCGCGUGAGCCAGAGCCGCGAGCUCGAGUGAAGAUUCGGUUAGUCUAAGCAUCACUCUGCGUUUAUCGGACAUUAUUUCAUAAUGUCGGGUGUGACGCUUCAGAGCAGCUGUCUGCGGGGUCUGGCUGAAGGUGACCUCAUGGACCCUGAGUUCCAGCAGCGUGUAGAGGAUGCGAUUGCCCUUCUCCGGCAGGAGAUCCAGCGGGAACUGAAGAUCAAAGAGGCGGCUGAGCGGCUGCGGCGGGCGGUGACUAACCGCAAGAAUGCUGCUGAUGUGGACGGUCAGCUUAGAGCCUCCAGCCGUAAGCUGGAGCAGCUCCACUGGGAGCUCCAGGAGCUGAAUGCACGUGCUAUGGCCACACAGAAAGAGACUAUUACAG